AUGAAGCAAGAUACUGGGAUGCGAGCUGCAAUUUCUGCAACGGAAAAGCUGUCACUGACCCUCCGUUUUCUCGCAACGGGAGAAUCGUUUCAAAGCUUAAAUUUUGGGACAAAAAUUUCGCGGCCAACAAUUAGUGGAAUAAUUCCUGAAGUUUGUGGCGCUAUUUACAAAAGACUGAAGGCGUUAUAUUUGAAGUUUCCAAGCAAUACGGCAGAGUGGGUAUCAAUUGCAAAUGAAUUUGCAAUACGAUGGCAAUUUCCAAAUUGUCUAGGAGCACUGGAUGGUAAAUACAUAACCUUUAGGCCAUCGCGAGAAGAUGGUGCAUUUUACCACAACCGCAGUAUAUACAGUAGAUAA